AUGCCUGGUCGACACGCUGCAUCCCUUGUGCCCAAGGAGGAACACAGUCCUGCCUUGCUCAGGUUGUUGAAAUCUUCCCUCACCGAUACUAUCGUCGGUAAGUUUGGCGCUUCCCAAAGCCCACUCGUCCCGCCCGGCGGGCGCCGGUCGAGUCGGUCGCUUGGCAACUUCUGCCUGGCGGCCCGUGCCUCAAUCUCCGAGUUGCUAUCCAUCCCUUGGCUGUCACCCCUUGCAAGCAACGUACACUAGGAGAUUGAAAACGCGUGAUACUAACCACAGCAUCUUUUCACUCCCACAGAACAUGUUGCCCAAAAAGCCAUGAGUGUGAUCCGAUGCCGUGACGAGCCCCUGAACUCUUCCGCCGAAUCCUCCACCGCUCCCUUGCCCGAGCUCGACGACUUCAUCCGCGACAUCUGCCGCAAGUCGAGGUGUCAUGUCCCCACACUAUUGUGCACGCUCGUGUACCUCGAUCGACUGAAGGAUCGCUUGCCCGUUCGAUCGUGUGGCUCGCCAUCAACAAGACACCGAGUUUUCGUGGCUGCCCUCAUCGUCGCCGCGAAGUACCUCAAUGGUGAGUCACACUUGCCCCCAACACCUUCGUUGUAGUAGUUUUUUUUUAGUUUUUUUUUUUAAAAAAUUACUUAUUGUUUACCUUCCUUCGUUCAGAUUCGUCCCCUUACAAUAAGCACUGGGUCCGAUACGCCGGCCACUUCCGCCUUGAGGAGGUCAACCUCAUGGAGCGCCAACUCCUCUGCCUUCUUGAUUUUGAUCUUCGCAUCGGCGAGCCCGAGGUAGGCCACAUCCCGCCAUAACACCGCCCCUUCUGUGAUCAAAGUGCUUACCUCAUGUUCCUCUACUACAGUUGAUCGAGACCUUUGCUCCCUUUCUUGGUCCUAUCGAGGCGGGCAUGGCCGAGCGUCUCCUCCGUCGUCAAUCCCGACCUCUGCACCAACGCGCCGAAGCCUCCGACUCGGACUCGGACUUCGAUUCGGACGGCGACGAUACCUCUGAAUGCGAGAUGGACUCGGAUAGUGACGGAGAUUCUCAUUCUUCUGCUCCUUCAUCGACCAUCUCGCCUUCAUCAUCGACACUGGUCGCCAAAACUCAGGAGAUCCAACUCACGACGUCGAGUGCCAGUUCGGAAUCAUCCUAUUCGCCUCAGGCCGAGCACAAGGAUGAGGAGGACGAUCUCUUGUGCGGUAGCUCCGGUGGUGCUUCUCGUCCUGUCUCAUGGUCAUCAGCCGGAUCCGCAUCGACAAUAGCUUCCUCGUUGGACUAUUCAUGCCAUGAAGAAUCUUCCUCGUCGCCGACCUACUCUCCCCCCACGACACGGCACGUCUUUGUCAUCCCAAAACAACCAUCGGCCAUGACCACCGGGAGCGACCUGAUGCAACACCUCCAACGCAAGCUCGAUUUCCAGAGUUGGAUGUCAAGUCCUGGUUGCGGCGCAACAUCCACCAAGCGCAACGCCGUCUUGAUCUCUAGCCGGAUCGGCCCUUAG